AUGGCAAAUUACUAUGAAAAUCCAUUUGAUUUCUGGACUUCAGAUGAAGAAGAUGCAGGUGAAGAAGGAAAUUUCUUCCUAAAAGAUCGAUUUAAACCCCAAAAUGAGAAUGAAACAGAAAUAAAAAAGUCUGGAGAUGAAGAUUCUAAUAAUUUAGAAUCAACACUGGAUUUCUUGAGCUGGAUUCCAUUAAUAUCAGAGCCGACAAAUGAACACUCAAUAUUUAGAGUUUUCGACAAGGAAUUCGAAAAUAUUAAACAGUUAAAUUAUGAAUAUAUAGAAAAGGAGUUGUAUAAUAGUAUUUUUAAUGAAAAUAAAGAACAAAAUGAUAAGAAUUUGGAAACAUCCACAUACACACCUCCAGGUGAUUGUAACAAUAGUUCCAUUAUCCUGGAAGCUAACUCUACAAUUUUAGAGCCACCGCCAUUCAAGUUAAUAGUUCCAAAACCAGAUGAGAAUAAGAAGUACAUAAGGAAGAAAUGGGCGAUAGUCGAUGAUAAAGAGGCACCAGAACUUACUGAUCUUAUCGCUCAGUAUCCAUUUGAGCUGGAUGAUUUCCAGAAAAAGUCUAUACAUCACUUAAUUAACGGAAAGCAUGUAUUUGUAUCGGCACAUACCUCAGCAGGGAAGACUGUUGUGGCGGAGUACUCUAUAGCAUUAGCCAUAAGUAGAGGCCAGAAGGCAAUUUACACCUCACCAAUUAAGGCACUUUCUAAUCAGAAGUAUAGAGAGUUCAAGGUUAAAUUCGGAAAUGAAAAUGUUGGAAUAAUAACAGGAGAUGUGCUCUGUAACCCAGGGGCAUCAUGCCUGAUAGUCACUACUGAAAUUCUCAGGAAUCUUCUGUACAGAGGUGACAGUGUGAUUGGCCAAAUAUCAGUGGUGAUAUUUGAUGAGAUACAUUACAUCAAUGACCUUACCAGAGGAGUGGUGUGGGAAGAAGUGAUUAUACUAUUACCUAGGAAUAUUCAGCUAGUAAUGUUGAGUGCCACAGUUCCUAAUUACCUGGAAUUCGGAGAAUGGAUAGGUAACGUUAUGCAAAAAGAAGUAUUAAUAAUAAUGACAAACCACAGACCAGUACCCUUAAAACAUUAUCUAUAUAUUUAUGACCGUUUCUUCCUAAUUCAUGGAGCUAAGGGGUUUAAUAAGGAGGCAUACCACAUAAUGUACAAGUACACUUCCACACUUAAAAUCAAUGAUAAGAAGUCAACUUUUAAAGGUCAGGUACAGAAGUUACAAAGACUUCUGAAACAGCUUGAAUCUGAGGAUAAAAUGCCUGUUGUGCUAUUCUGCUUCAGUAGGCAAAAGUGUGAACAAUACGCUAAGGAUAUGCCCAAUUUAAACCUAGUUUACAAUAAGGUUCAAGCAUCUAAAAUACAUCUGUUCCUCAAGGAAUCACUUGAUGGCCUAAGUGAAAGUGAUAGGAACUUGCCUCAACUUAGGAAAAUGGUAAACUUGCUAACAAGAGGAAUAGGUGUGCACCACUCUGGGUUACUGCCAAUUAUUAAGGAAAUGGUUGAGAUAUUGUUUUCACGUGGCUUGAUUAAAGUCUUGUUUGCAACGGAGACUUUUGCAAUGGGAGUUAACAUGCCUGCACGCUCAGUUGUGUUUACAUCGAUUUAUAAACACGAUGGGAUUACCUAUAGAUAUUUGACGUCAUCAGAAUACACCCAGAUGGCGGGAAGGGCUGGCAGAAGAGGUUUGGACACUUUUGGAAAUGUUUACAUAUUUUGCUCUGAUGAACCCCCGGAUGUUCAAGACCUCACGAAUAUGAUGAUUGAAAGGUCAACAAGACUUGAAAGCAGAUUCAGGAUAACCUACAACAUGCUCCUCCAGAUACAGUCUAGAGACCACAUGAAUAUUACUGAAAUGAUGCUAAAAUCAUUUAGAGAACGGGAGAAAAUGAUGAAAAUACCGCUUUUAAAGAAACAAAUAAACAAAAAGAAACAUGAGUUGAUGUCGCUACCACCAAUCAGUUGCAUAUAUGGUGAACCUACAAUUGAGAACUAUUAUAAAACGCUCAAUUACUCUAUGAACGUAUCUCAUGAACUUCAUCAGCACCUGUGGAACCAUAAGGACAGUAAAGUGAUUUUUAAAUUCGGUAGGGUUUUGAUGCUACACUCUACUAAAAUCUCAAGAACUCUGUCUUACAGCUUUAUCACAGAUAUUGUUGACGAGAAGAAUCACACAUUUAAAGUCGCAACCAUUAUUACAGAAAACAUUUCAGAUUUGGAUGAUGCUAACAUAAGAACUGUGGAAUAUAAUGGUGAACUGAGGCAUUACUAUAAUCACGAAGUUAGUUUAUCAAGCGUUUCAUUUAUAUUCGAUCACGUUUUUCUCGAUACUGAUCUUGAUAGAAAUGUGAUUGAACUAUGUAAACUUAUGGAAAAUAACAAUUUCAAGCUCAUGUCAUUCAGCAAGAAAUUUAAACAAAUUUCACUCCAGUUCUAUGAAAUUCUUCUCAAGCAACGUGAUCUCUACCAACUAUUCACUAGUAAUCCAUGUACAAAUUGUCUUUUAAGAGAACAGCAUUUCAAAACACAACACAAAAUUUACAACUAUGAAUUGGAAAUUGAAGAUAUAAACAAACAGUUGAAGGAUGAAUCAUUGUAUUUUUAUGAAGACAUGAGUAAUAAAUUGGAAGUUUUAAAGCAGCUAGACUUCUUAGACCAGGAUAACAGACCCACUGUUAAGGGCAGAAUAGCAACUUUCAUCACGACCAGUGAUGAGAUAACACUUACUGAAGUACUGUGUCAAGGCAUUCUCUCUGAAUUAACACCACCUGAGUGUGCUGCAAUACUAUCCGCAUUCAUUUACAACGAUAAAGUUCCUGAGAAGGAGGCCCCAUCACCAACACUGCCACUACAACAAGCUAAAAAUCAGGUUGUUUCGAUACAUAAGAAAAUCGAUGUCGUCCAAAGAGCCUUGGGCGUAAGGGUUUCAUAUGAGGAUUUCAACUCACUGUGUAACUUUUCACUCUCAUACGUGAUUUACCAAUGGGCGUCUGGAACUCCAUUUCAGGAAAUAAUGGAACUCACUGAUUUGCAAGAGGGCCACAUUGUCAGGGUUAUACUUAGACUUGACGAACUCUGUAGGAAAAUACUACAAACUGCAAAUAUAUUUGGCCACCAAAAAUUAGCUGAGAAAAUCGAACUUGUUUGCAAUGCUAUAAGGAGAGAUAUUGUUUUCAAACAAUCUUUAUAUUUAUCAUGAUUAACGUGUACCAUAAUCUGUAUCAUAGGUUCA